AGCAUCCGUGAGUCCUUUUCUGCCCAUUCCUGGGUGCGCGAUCUCUACGGUUGUCAGCACCUGAAAGAGGUGUGCGGGGGCUUGCAGCAUGGCGGAAGCCGAUCCUAAAAUGGUCACGGAGCCCGCCACGCAGGGGGUUGCUGAAGAGGAGAUGGCUAGCUCAGCUAGUGACUCCGGGGAAGAAUCUGACAGCAGAAGCGCCAGCAGUACCACGAGUUGCAGCAGCAGCAGCAGCAGUAGCUGCAGCAGCAGCAGCUGCAGUCCCGCUUAUCGAAAGAGGGUACUCGAGCCUUCCCGAAGGGCCCCGCGGAAUCCCUCCGGGAGAAAUUUCGUGGAGAGGUUGCCACAGGCGGUGAGGAAUCGGGUGCAGGCGCUGAGAAAUAUUCAGGAUGAGUGCGACAAGGUAGAUGCCUUGUUUCUAAGGGCAAUCCAUGACCUGGAGAGAAAAUAUGCUGAGCUCAAUAAGCCUCUGUAUGACAAGCGCUUUCAAAUCAUCAACGCAGAAUAUGAGCCCACAGAAGAAGAAUGUGAAUGGAAUUCCGAGGAUGAGGAGUUCAGCGGUGACGAGGAAGUACAGGAUGACACACCUAGUGAAAUGCCUCCCUUAGAGGGCGAGGAGGAAGAAGAGACCCCCAAGGAGGAUGCUGAAGCAAAUACUGAAGCAAAGGAUGGUCCUGAAGAAAUCCCGGAGGCGACAGCCGAAGAAAAGGAGGACCCAAAAGAAGUUCCGGAGGAAAAAGUUGAAGAAAAGGAAACCCCUAAGGAAAUUCCCGAAGUGAAAGUUGAAAAAGUCAAAUCUGCAGAUUGUAUCCAGGUAACUCCUGAAGAAAAAGAAGAGCCCAAAGAAGUCCCUCAGGCAACUGCAGAAAAUAAGGAGCAGCCUCAAGCCACAGAAUCUAAGCCAAGGGCUCCAGGGAGAGAGGCUCAAAAAAGAGUUCCUGAGACAAGUCCGGAGGAAGGAAUGAAUGUUAAAAGAGCUCGAAAGGUCAAACCUAAAAGAGAGGAGCCUAAAGGUAUUCCUGACUACUGGCUGACUGUUUUAAAGAACGUUGAUAAGCUCGGGCCUAUGAUUCAGAAGUGUGAUGAGCCCAUUCUGAAGUUCUUAUCCGAUGUUAGCCUGAAGUUCUCAAACCCUGGCCAGCCUAUAAGUUACACCUUUGAAUUUCAUUUCCUACCUAAUCCAUACUUCAGAAAUGAGUUGCUAAUGAAGACAUACAUCAUAAGGUCCAAACCAGAUCACUAUGAUCCCUUCUUCUCUUGGGGGUGGGAAAUUGAAGAGUGCAAAGGCUGCAAAAUAGACUGGAGAAGAGGGAAAGAUGUUACUGUGACAACCACCCAGAGUCGCUCAACUGCUACUGGAGAAGUUGAAGUCCAGCCAAGAGUUGUUCCUAAGGCAUCAUUCUUCAAUUUCUUUAGCCCUCCCGAGAUUCCUUUGAUUGGCAAGCUGGAACCAAGAGAAGAUGCUAUCCUUGAUGAGGACUUUGAAAUUGGUCAGCUUUUGCAUGAUAAUGUCAUCUUGAAAUCAAUCUAUUACUUCACAGGAGAAAUCAAUGAUCCCUACUAUCAAGAUAUCAGGGAGUAUGGAAACAGGAAGUACAAGUAAAGAAGGUUCAAGAAUCUUAAAAGUUUAGGCAAGCAGAAGUGAAACAGUUUCAUCUAGCCUUGUAAAGGAUAAAACUUGCCCUGUAACGUGAACACUGCUACUCCUUGUGGUCUUGUAUUGUCAUAUUUUCCUGGUAACCCACUUAAACAUGUCCUAAAAAGUGUCUUAAGAAUCAGUUUAUCUCCCUAGCCUGUUGUAGUACAAUAUUCUUCAAAAUAUGUAAAUGGCUGUUAAUUUCUAAAGCAUGUUUAGUUUGGUGCUACAGUGUUGAUUUUCUGAAGUCCUUUUGUCGUGGUCCUAUUAGAUUAUAUCUGUGAAAAUUGUCAGACGUGUUAGACAAAUACUUGCCUGAACAACAGUGUUAUUUAAAUAACAACGUAAAUGUGUAUUCCCUUUCUUUUGCCAGCCCAGAAGCCUAAGAAUGGAAAUCCGUGUGCACUAGUUGUGCCUUCAUUUGCUAUAGAAAUGUAGUGCUGAUACCAAGUGAAACACUAUACUGUGAAAUUUACUUGCUUGGAAAAUAUUAGCAUAUAUUUAAAAUUGUCAACACAUUUUAUUUCUGUAAAUUUGGUUAAUGUGACAUAAGGAUCUGUA